CAAACCGUACUGAAACAUUUUUUUUCCCCCGGUUCUCUCUGUCUUAAGCUUUUUAAAAGGACCAGUGAAGAGGCAUAACCAGAAAUCAUUGAAGUUACUUUUAAUUAUAUCUCUUUGAAUUUCAUCUUUUGCAUACCCCCCCCUCUCUCCUCUCACCUCUGUUGAUCUCACCUCUGUUGAUAACAGGUAAAGAAGUUGUUAAGCAUGGGGAACGGGGAAUCAAGUUUUGAUGAUCAUCAAUAUGAUUUUCAGCAGCAAUCCCCUUCUUACUCGGAAAGCUCGAUGGACGAUAACUAUCAACCUAGGCAGCAUCCGGCUUAUAUAGCUGAUAAUUUCAACUCGAUGGACGAUAACUAUCAACCUAGGCGGCAUCCAACUUAUAUAGCUGAUAAUUUCAACUCGUUGGAACAGGUUAUUUCUUCCCUGAGAGAAGCUGGUCUUGAAUCAUCCAAUCUAAUACUUGGUAUUGAUUUCACCAAGAGUAAUGAGUGGACAGGUAGGCAUUCAUUUCACCGGAAAAGCCUCCAUGCAAUCGGUAGCACACUGAAUCCCUAUGAGCAAGCAAUCUCUAUCAUUGGCCGUACUCUGUCUCCUUUUGAUGAAGAUAACUUGAUACCAUGUUUUGGAUUUGGCGAUGCAUCAACACAUGAUAAGUAUGUAUUCAGCUUUUAUCCUGAUAAUCGACCUUGCAAUGGUCUUGAGGAAGCUCUUACACGAUACAGAGAGAUUGUUCCACACUUGAAGUUGUCAGGUCCAACUUCAUUUGCUCCAAUCAUUGAUGCAGCGAUUGACAUUGUGGAGAAAAGUGGUGGACAGUAUCAUGUUCUCGUUAUUAUUGCAGAUGGACAGGUUACCCGGAGUCCUGAUAUUCCUGCAGGAAGGUUCAGUCCUCAAGAACAUGCAACUGUAAACUCCAUAGUUGCUGCUAGUAAGUAUCCUAUCUCAAUUAUAUUGGUUGGAGUGGGGGAUGGACCGUGGGAUGCUAUGCAGCAAUUUGAUGAUAACAUUCCUCAACGCGCGUUUGACAACUUUCAGUUUGUGAACUUCACAAAAAUAAUGUCAGACAACACCGAAACAUCAAAGAAAGAAACAGACUUUGCACUUGCUGCCCUCAUGGAAAUUCCACUUCAGUACAGAGCCACACAAACUCUUCAGCGUGCAAACUACAAUUCAGUUGGUGGUCCACACACAAGGCCACUUCCACCUCCUCGUGAAGUGAUUGAUCAUGACAAUGCAGUCAAAUCAACCCCGCACAUGACAAACUUCAAACCGGUUCAACCAACCGCUCCAACAGCUUCAGUGGAACCGGUCUGCCCCAUUUGCUUGACAAACCUGAAAGACCUGGCUUUCGGAUGCGGUCAUACGACUUGCAGGGAUUGUGGAGCAAGCAUUCCAACUUGCCCUCUAUGUCGACAGCCCAUAACAACACGUCUGAGAUUGUUUACUUGAGCCAAACAAUACUCCCUGCGCUCUGUUUACUCCAGAGAGAAUGGCGACGCUUCUACGACAGGGCAGGGUUAGUUGGCAAAGCCAUUUACCAUUAGCAGUGCGUUAGGUUUAACGUGUAAAAUUUUUCUGCAAAAUGACCUGUGAGAUGAAAGUCCGUACAAAAGUCACAAACGAAAAAAAUACAUAAGUAAAACCUAACAUUUUCUUGAUUAA